UCUAAUCGUGAUAGUGCAUCCUCUUCAUUCUAUAUACUUCUUGGAGAUGUACAACACCUUGAUGGACACAUAAGAUGGCUAAACAAAUCAUGAAAAAAACUUCUGUGUACUUCGAAACUUGAAUAUUUAAAUACCAAAUAAUAGUUAUUUUUGGUACUCAUUAGUAUGCAUUAUAUGAAAAAGUCACUAAGGGGGAUGAAAGAUUGAGCAGUUGUCUACUCGGCAUGAAUGAUCUUUUUAAUGGAAUAAACUUCAUUCCAUAAUGGUAGUUUUGCUACAAAUUUAACUAUCCUAAAAACAAACUGUAAUUUAUUUACUUCAUGAUAUUUAUGUGACUUACAGACUUAGUAUGCAACUUCUUUUUGUUUUGUGAUUCUAUGACAUUAAUCUUUAUACUUUGUAUACACUUUUUUUCUAUAUUGUUGUUCUAUGACAUCAAUUUUCAUACUCUAUAUGUUUUCAUCUAUCGUCUUUUUCUAAUUUGAUUGAUCUUCAAGCAAGUGAUCUCAACCACCCAACCAUGAUAAGUCUCACCCGAAAGGUUGCUAUAAUUCAAAACGCAUCAUGGCUCUAAGUUGUUCACUUUGAUGUUAUAAUUUUUAGGCAAAAUACUUACUUCUGUUGGCAUAAAAAUAUCACUUUUUACAAAUCAUUUUAAUUUUUUUAUAGCUUUUGACUUUUGUUUAAAAAUGCAGACAAGAGUGUACGUGCAUAGAGAUCGUGACAUGUGCUUAAUAACUCUAUUACGGAGUAGAAUGUAAUAUUUGUUCAUACAAUCUCAACGUAAGUGUAGUGGUUGUAUACUAGCUGAAGUUUUUAGUGGAGAGCUCUUAUUCCUUGGCAACAAUAUAAUUCAUCAGCUGGAUUUAAUAACAAACCUUUUUGGGGAACCUUUAAUGGAUACUAUUCAGGAGGACGCAGCUCUCCCUCCCCAUCUACAACUUAGUUCCGCAACCGCUUUUUAAUAUUAGUACUGAUUAUUGUAAUUGUUGGUUCACAUGAGGAAUGACAUGGUAGAAAAAUCCUUCAAUAAUAUGCAAAAUAAACAGCCUUUGUCUUUUUACUCAUAAAUUUUUUAAUUAUGAUCCCCUUCUUAAAUACAUUACAAUUCUACUACAACCCCUCUUAAGAAACAAUAUAAUUCAAAAGACUAGCAAACUACAGGGUACCUUGCAAGUGAAACUAUGGACAACCUAAUGAAGUUCCUAGCGCAAAGUCUGCCAAGAACCUUGCAAUCACAAUAGAGGAUAUACCCAGGUAUCCUCACUCUUUAUCAUUCCUGCCAUAUUUACAUUGCUUUCGUUCUCUUUUGUUUUUAAUGCAUACAAUUAUGAUCCUGUAGCAACAAAGCUAAGAUAAGUCUUGGCCCAAAUAUUGCCAUGUGAGACUGGAAAUAUGGUCACGAAUGCAGGGUGCAAAAAUAGCACGAAAGAUCCGAUGCAAAAUUGAAAAUCACAAGCUAUCUAAUUCCUCUUCACACAUGAAACAUCAGAUACUUCACUGUGGAAGUGGGGACUCCUUGAUUUAGCAUAUCAAGGAUGCAUUAGUGAUGGGCAAAUAGAGGGGGAGAGUACUUUAUAGAGAAAAGCUUUUUUUGUUACUCGGACACUAUUUGCUUAUUACUCCGUAUAUCUCAGUUAUGGGGAUUACAUGUUAAUAAAAUUGAAAUUCAAGAUUCUUAUUGUUUCAUUCUUCUUUUCUUGAUUCGUUCCCUAUAUAACUAUAUCAUCCUUCAUAAUAAUUUGAAAUGAGGCAAGAAGAGACAGCAAACAAUAAAUAAACAAGCAUCCAAGGGAAUGCUUGCAGUUGCCUGAGAGGCUGAGAAAUUGAGCAAUGGCGUCCUUCUCACCAUCCCUCACCAUCUCAAGAACCCCACUCUUCUUCAGAAUUUCGAAAGCCAAACCCCCACGUCGCCUCUCAGUUUCCGGAUAUGGGCUCCCCAAUUCCUCCAUUCCAUCAACUUCUGCCCUUAAUCCAAAUCAAACCCAAACUUCUCCAGAGGCACAAGCCAUUCAAACAUCUGAAGUUACCCAUCUCACCUGCUAUGAGGCCAUUGAGAGGCUAAGAGCAAGCAGAGAGAGGUACCCAAAGAAGCAGAGCUAUGUGGCAAUGUACUCUAGCAUUUUUGGAGGAAUUGUGACUGAUACAGCAGCUAUGGUCAUCCCUAUGGACGAUCACAUGGUGCAUAGAGGGCAUGGAGUUUUUGACACUGCUGCAAUUAUAGAUGGGCACCUUUACGAGUUGGACCAACACAUUGAGCGCUUCUUGAGGUCUGCAGUCAUGGCUAAAAUAAAACCUCCACUUGACAAAGAAAGCAUCAGAAGGAUACUAAUACAGACAGUGAGCACAUCCAAGUGCAGAAAAGGUUCACUGAGGUACUGGCUUUCUGCAGGACCGGGCGACUUCCAACUCUCCCCUUUGGGUUGCCAUCAAUCCGCUCUCUAUGCCAUUGUGAUACAAGACCAAUCACCACAAGACGAUCACAAGGGUGUUAAAGUCAUUACCUCAUCCAUCCCAAUAAAACCCCCACAGUUUGCUGUGAUGAAGAGCGUGAAUUAUCUCCCUAAUGUGCUUUCAAAGAUGGAAGGAGAGGAGAACAGCGCAUAUGCAGCAAUAUGGUUGGAUGGGGAUGGGUUUGUGGCAGAAGGGCCCAACAUGAAUGUCGCUUUCGUUACAAAGGAAAAAGAGCUUCUCAUGCCCGACUUUGAGAAAAUUCUCCGCGGACUUACUGCUAAACGGGUUUUGGCUCUUGCUGAGGAUUUGGUAAAAACGGGCGAAUUAUGCUCCAUAAGGGUAAAGAAAGUGAGUGUUGAGGAGGGAAAGAGAGCUGGUGAGAUGAUGCUAAUUGGUAGUGGUGUUCUUGUCAAGCCAGUGGUGCAGUGGGAUGACCAGAUCAUAGGUGAUGGUAAAGAAGGCAUAGUAACCCGGGCUUUACGAAAUCUGAUCUUGGAGGACAUGAAGUCUGGUCCAUCCAUCGUCCGGGUUCGUGUUCCUUAUUAAGAACCUUUCCUCCCCAGAAGAACAUGGGCUCAUCUCUGUGGGGGUAUAUACCCCUCUGCAUUAGAACACUUCAAUGUUCUAAACCAGGCUGAAAAUAUAAGAACAUACACUGUGUGGUCUGUGGGGGUGGGGGU